CACGGACGCGCGCUUGUAAAGAAAGAGCGCUCGCUCUCCAUUCUCCAAAAAACACUUUACGCCGUAUUUACCCCGCUUCCACAUCCACCUACAUGCCAUUUAUUUCCACGAUCCCCACAAUAGCUUUCAGAAAACUCCCAUUGAGGGACAGCGCCGGAGAGGAGAAGAUCAGGGAUGGAUGUGAAAGAUCAAGGAGCGCAGAUGGAGCCACUGCUUCCUGCGGUUCAGUGUCCUGCUAGUGAUAACGGGAGGCAUGAUGAGGAAGCUGUGCUGGAUAGGGGUGGGACUCGAUCCAUGCUCAACACCAAUUUUGAGAAAGAAGAACUGGAAGGCCAUCGAACCCUCUACAUUGGGGUGCAUGUACCUUUGGGUCGGAGGUCACAUAGACGGCAUCAUCACCAUGGACACCGCCACAGGAAGAGGUCACGGGAGAGAGACUCUGGAACCGAAGAUGGCAGAGAAUCUCCGUCAUACAGUAAGAUUGUCACAUGCUUGACUGACACACCAUCACAGCGUGUGCAGUUCCUGUUGGGUAUGGAGGAUGACGAGGAGCACAUUCCUCAUGCACUCUUCACCGAGUUGGAUGAGAUCUGCCUGAAAGAGGGAGAGGACGCGGAGUGGAAAGAGAUGGCCAGAUGGUUGAAGUUUGAGGAGGAUGUAGAGGAUGGAGGGGAGAGGUGGAGUAAGCCAUACGUUGCUACUCUUUCUCUGCACAGCCUAUUCGAGCUGCGGAGCUGCAUUCUCAACGGCAACGUCAUGCUGGACAUGAGGGCCGGCUCACUGGAGGAGAUCGCAGAUAUGGUUCUGGACCAGCAUGAGAUGUCAGGUGCUUUGGGAGAUGAAGUGAGGAAAAAGAUACGAAACGCCCUCCUUAAACAGCACCACCAUCAGAACCAGAAGAAACUGGCCAACCGGAUCCCCAUUGUGCGCUCUUUUGCAGAUAUCGGCAAGAAGCAGUCUGAACCGCACUCUAUGGAUAAGAAUGGUCAGAUGGUGUCCCCUCAAGCUCAACCCGCCAGUACAGAGGGGCAUGGGGAAGGCAGUCGUGAGAACAGUGCAGUCGACUUUAGCAAGAUAGACCUCCAUUUCAUGAAGAAGAUCCCACCGGGGGCAGAGGCCUCCAACAUCCUGGUGGGUGAGCUGGAGUUUUUAGAGAAACCUGUGGUUUCCUUCAUCCGUCUGUCCCCCGCUGUGCUGCUCAACGGGUUGGCAGAGGUCCCAAUCACGACCAGGUUUCUCUUUAUCCUGCUUGGGCCAAUGGGGAAGGGGCCUCAGUACCAUGAGAUUGGGCGUUCUAUUGCCACGCUGAUGACAGAUGAGGUUUUCCAUGACGUGGCUUAUAAAGCAAAGGAUCGCACUGAUCUUGUAGCAGGAAUCGAUGAGUUUUUGGACCAGGUGACUGUGCUGCCCCCGGGCGAGUGGGAUCCCACCAUUAGAAUAGAGCCGCCCAAAAAUGUGCCCUCUCAGGAAAAACGGAGGGUUCCUCCUCUGGCCAAUGGAGGGGCAGAUCUGGGGGAAUCCGAGGAACACGGAGGUCAUGGAGGACCAGAGCUACAGCGCACUGGAAGGUUAUUUGGUGGGCUUUGGCUGGACAUCAAGCGUAAGGCUCCUCACUACCUGUCAGAUUACACAGAUGCCAUCAGUCUGCAGUGUCUGGCCUCUUUCCUUUUCCUGUACUGUGCCUGUAUGUCUCCUGUUAUCACCUUUGGAGGCCUGCUUGGAGAAGCUACAGAAGGACGCAUAAGUGCGAUAGAGUCUCUGUUUGGAGCAUCUAUGACAGGAAUAGCUUAUUCUUUGUUUGCUGGGCAGCCCCUAACAAUUCUGGGCAGCACUGGGCCGGUCUUGGUCUUUGAGAAAAUCCUCUUCAAAUUUUGCAAAGAGUAUGGCUUGUCCUACCUCUCCCUACGUGUGUGCAUUGGUCUAUGGACGGCCUUUUUCUGUCUAUUGCUGGUUGCCACAGAUGCAAGUUCGCUGGUGUGUUAUAUCACCCGAUUCACAGAGGAAGCCUUUGCUUCUCUCAUCUGCAUCAUCUUCAUCUAUGAAGCUCUGGAAAAACUCAUCCAUAUGGGAGAGACGUACCCUUUCAACAUGCACAACGACCUCAACAAACUCACUCAGUACUCAUGUGUGUGCACAAUGCCGAAAGAGCCCAGCAAUGCCACAAUGCAUUACUGGCAGGGCAAAAACAUCAGUGCAUCUGAGAUCGACUGGUUGAGCCUAGAUGUCAAGGGCUGUGUAGAGAACAGGGGUGAGUUUGUAGGCAGUGCCUGUGGACAUCACGGUCCGUACAUCCCUGAUGUUCUCUUCUGGUCUAUCGUGCUCUUCUUCUCAACGGUUGCUAUGUCCUCCUUCCUCAAGGAGUUCAAAACCAGCCGCUACUUCCCCACUAAGGUGAGGGCAGUGAUCAGUGAUUUUGCAGUAUUCCUCACCAUCAUGACCAUGGUUUUGGUCGACUACGCCCUGGGAAUCCCUUCCCCAAAACUACAGGUUCCUAACAACUUUAAACCAACCAGAGACGACCGUGGCUGGUUCAUCAGUCCCCUGGGGCCAAACCCGUGGUGGACAAUUAUUGUAACCUUCAUCCCUGCUCUCCUGUGCACCAUCCUCAUCUUUAUGGAUCAACAGAUCACUGCCGUCAUUAUUAACAGAAAGGAACACAAGCUGAAGAAAGGCUGUGGGUACCAUUUGGAUCUGUUCGUGGUGGGUGUGAUGUUGGGCGUGUGCUCUUUGAUGGGCCUGCCAUGGUUUGUGGCCGCAACGGUUCUUUCGAUCUCUCAUGUGAACAGCCUGAAGUUGGAGUCUGAAUGCUCAGCCCCUGGUGAACAGCCCAAGUUCUUGGGCAUCAGAGAGCAACGUUUCACCGGCCUCAUGAUAUUCUUGCUCAUGGGCUGCUCAGUGUUCAUGACCUCCGUACUAAAGUAUAUACCGAUGCCUGUGUUGUAUGGAGUUUUUCUCUACAUGGGUGCAUCGUCUCUCAGGGGCAUACAGUUCUUUGAUCGUCUGAAGCUGUUCGGGAUGCCAGCAAAACACCAGCCAGAUUUGAUCUAUCUGAGACAUGUUCCUCUGAGAAAGGUCCAUCUGUUCACCAUCAUCCAACUCAGCUGCCUGGUGCUUCUCUGGGUCAUCAAAACCUCCAGAGCUGCCAUUGUCUUUCCUAUGAUGGUGUUAGCUCUGGUGUUCAUUCGUAAGCUGUUGGACUUUGUCUUUUCGAAGCGAGAUCUCAGCUGGCUUGAUGACCUCAUGCCUGAGAGCAAGAAGAAAAAAAUGGAAGAUGCACAACAAGAGGAGAAUCAGUGUGUCUUAGUGGAAGAUGAAGGGAUCGUCCAAGUGCCCCUAGAAGGGCAUUACAAGGAUGACCCAUCAACCGUCAACAUUUCAGAUGAAGUGACAAAGGCGUCUUUUGGAAAUGUCUGGAACAGCCUCACCACUGACAGCACCAAAAAAGAUCAAAGCUCAGAAAGCUCCCUCUCCUAAAGUCUUAGAUGCUGAUUUCCAAAGCUCAAUUGUUGAAGGUGCCAUGAAACCGCAAGAUGACGAAGAGAAGACAGAUUUGGAUAUAGAGACAAGUUUGUGAGUUUUUUAAUAAACACUCUGUAUCGUGCCACACUAAAAGCACCAGUAUAUGCUUCUGUUCAGUAGGUUGUGUGCCAGUCUGUGCCAAGGCACCGUUACAUGUUUUUAUGUGUGUGUGUGUGUGUGUGUGUGUGUGGAGAUGUAUGUUUUUGAGCAUUUGAAUAUGUAUCUGAGUUUGCCACCCACAAGGAGAAGGGGAAUUGUGGGAAUGUGUAUUCUAGUCUAAUGGUCCAAUGUAAUUUCACCUAUAUAAAAGUAAAUAUUACGAUUACUUUUGUUUAAAACCAGGUAGUGUAUUUUGUAUGUUUUAUAUUUUUUGUCAGUAGAUCCUUUUGAUAUCCCUUGUCUUAGAAUAAAUUAAUAUGAAUAUAAUUUGUAUUAAAUGUAAAAUUAAUUCUUUUUUUAUUUUGCAUCAAUGAUAAAUAUUCAUUUGCAAGCAUAGUUAAAAUAUCAUAAUACUCGUUAAGCUAUUUUUAAUGGAAGAUGCCAACGUUAAUAUUUCAAAUAGAGCUUAUCACAUUACACUUUUUAAAUGUCUGUGUGAUUGUCAAAAUGUUCUUCACAUCACUUCAUGAGGUACUUGAUGUUAACAUUUACUACUUAUAUACUUCAAUAUUUUUAAAGUACUUUUAUGAACAAUUUUCUCCUUUUGUGAAUUUUAUCAUAUUUAAACUAAUUUAUGAGGACUGUGCUAAUUCUAGCCUACAAACACAUUCAUAUUCAUAAAUUCACUUGUCUUGCCUCUUUAAAGUUACUUUUUAGUUAUAAUAAUUUUUUGAUUUUGAAAAUGAUUCAUGAACAGCUUUAUUUCAUAUUUGAAACAUUCUGUGUAGCACUUGACCAUGCAAAUAAGAGUAAUAAUAUAUUUUGUUAAAACGCUGCAAAUAAUGACCAUGGAAAUUAAUAACAUAACUGUAUGGUGCUGUUUUCAAAUGUUUCUGAGUGACAGGGCAUCUGUCUCCUCUACAAGACUCAUUUCUAAGCUGAGAAGAGACAUCAUUACCCAAAAGAAUUACUGCCAAUAAUACAAAAAUCAUACAAGAAAUGCAAUAAUAAUCCUUUUUAUAAGAGGGGAAUUAAACCAUGUACUUACCAGAAACCAAUCGGACAUUUAUCAUCAACACACCUACAUGUGAUUAUAUACCUUGUCUAUGUGUAUAAUGAUAAAUAACAAAGUUAUUUAAUGUAUGGUUAGAUUUUAAUAUGUGUAGAGUGGGUGAAAUGAAUGUUUUCAUGUUAUUACAGUGUUUGUUGUCAAAAUUACACUCGCAUUUGAAAGACACUUACAUCUUGUAUGUAUGCAGUAUAAAGUUUUGUUAAUGUCACUGUAAAAUCUGAAUUAUUUCCUUCUUUUGUUUAUGAAAUGAUUAAUUAAAAUGAACAUGUAUCGUUAAAACUGUGAGAAAUUUUCAUCAGAUUAUAUGUGACUGCAAAUAAACUGACAAUUAAGAUGUAUUUUUACAAUGUUUUAUAAUUUGUUAUAUUUACCAUGGAUUUAAAAAUAAAGGAAUAAACAUUUCAUUAUGGCAUUAAAUUAUACCGAAUGAUAAGUUCAAAUAAUCAGAUGGUUAUCAAGAUAUGUAUGCUUGUUUAUGUGUAAUGCAUUCUGAAUUAGAGAACACUGUUCAGAGUAUUUGGAAAGUUUCAUGCUAGAAA